AUGAAUACUCUUAUCCAAUUAUUAGAUGUUUUAAUUAUCGAUAAAGUAUCACUCAAAGAUGAAGCCAUUAGAAAGAACGUUUGCCCAUCAUUAACAACCACUCAAUUAGCUAUAGCAUUAUGUAGAUUUAAUCCAGAGAGUGAUGAUGAAGAAGUCGAUCCAAGUAUUAUUAAAUAUUUACAAGAUGAGGGUAUCAGAAAACACGAUAUUCAAAACAUUACAACCAAUGUUGAUCAAGUUUUAGAAUUGACAGAAUCACCCGAACCAAGCAAAAGUAUCAUAGAUUUGAAAAUACCACCAAAUAUUUUACCACAAACAAAUCAAAAACUAUUUAAAUUUUUAACCAAACCAACAACAAUAUAUUAA